ACUUCCCGUACUGCCGUCUCUGAACUCUGAAGGAAAAUAAAAGGUCUCCCGUAGCCGCCUUCCGCCCUUCCCCUCACGCCGGCGCCUCCUGCCCCGCCCUGUCGCCGGCGCCUCUUGCCCCUUCCCCCUGUCGCCGGCCUCCCCCUUCUGCUCUGCUUUCCGCCGCAGGCUCCUCUCGUCCCAGCCGCCCCUCGUUCUCUCCACCACAACGACCUCUGGCCCAUAACCAAGCUCCACUGUCGCCGCCUAAUGCCCCCUUGCCCGCAGCAGGGAAAAGGCCCCAAGGGCAACAGGGCCGCACUUCACCGCUGGUGGCUCCGAACUCUACCCUGUACUGUAAAUCUCAAGUUCUGUUCUUGUUCCAUGUCAAUACAACACCUAAAGAGACCUGCAUUGGGAGAGGCCUUAGCAUUCCUCACUUAGCAGCUGGACAUCAUUCUUUAGAUCUUGAAGUUGGAAGAUCUUAAGUUGGAAGACGACCAUGUCAUCAGAACAGAUGGUGCACAUGAAUCGAGGACAAGGAGAAACAAGCUAUGCUCAGAACUCCAGUUUGCAGAACGCUGCACAAAACAGGAUGAGGUCCCUGAUAGAAGAGGCUAUCGCUGACUUAUGCAGCACCAGCACCUUGUUGCCGAGUAGAAGCAUGGUCGUCGCAGACUUGGGCUGCUCCUCUGGACCAAAUGCACUCGUGUUAGUGUCAAUCGCUGUAGAUGCCAUCCAAAGCCACUGUCUCCGAUAUCAGCAGCAGCCAUUAGCAGAAAUCUGUGUCCUCCUUAACGAUCUCCCUGACAAUGACUUCAAUGUGGUGGUGAAGAGCUUGGUUGCGUUCCAGCAGAGUCACAAGUCCAUUGUUGCUGGUAUUGUGCCAGGGUCCUUUUACGGGAGGCUCUUCUGCAGUGACUCUUUGCAUCUUGUUUGCUCGUCCAACAGCCUGCACUGGCUCUCAAAGGCUCCUGAUGAACUAAAGAGGAAUCGAAUCCCGGCGUAUGAUAUCGAUGAGCAUGUUAGGCGAGAAAGACGAACCAUUGUCCUUGGAGCUUAUGCACGACAGUUCGGUAAAGAUUUCACACAAUUCCUUGAACUGAGGGCCAAAGAAUUGGUUCCGGGAGGCCGGAUGGUAGUUUCCCUUGCAGGGAGGCGGUCCGAAGAACCUGCCUCCAAAUACACUCAUGCCUGGGAAUCUGUUGCACAGAUUUUAAGUGAGAUGGCCUCCAAGGGUGUGAUUAACAGAGGAAAGUUCGAAUCUUUCUACAUACCGAUAUACGGACCUUCCGAUGAAGGGCUAAGAGAUAUCAUCCAAUCAGAGGGCUCAUUUUCAAUCAGAGAGCUGCAGGUUCAUGAACCUACCAGCGACAACACGCUGAUCACCCCGAGCAGGAUGGCCAAUAUGCUGAGAGCUGGAUUUGAGCCGAUAAUAAUUCAGCAUUUUGGACCGGCUGAAACUAUCAUGGAUAAAUUUGUGAGUACUGCGGAACGCCGAUGGAGCCUGCAGGGCAGCUUGCAAGAGGAACUUGCCGCAAACCCUCGAGUUAUUCUUGUUGUAUCGCUAACCAAGAAAGUAUAACCAGAAUAUUCCGUCCUAUGGUGUCUAUGUAUUGCAAUGGAAUAAAUGGAUCUUAUAUGAUAGUAUCUAGACUUGUCUAUUGGCACUUUGGUCUAACAGCUAGUUUCUUUUACCCAAAUCUAGUAUACAAGCAUAAUAUGUUCUGUUUGUAUUUAAAUUACCCUUUUUUUAAAGAUUAACUUGGUUUUCUGACCAA